AUGGAGCAGCCAAAAGAAGCUUUACCCUACUCGGUCCAUGAAGAGGUCGCGAAGACAGAGAAACGGGAUAGCUCAGCCAUACAGGCCGAGGCUGCAGCGUACGAAGAACGGAAGGUUGACCUGCGAACCAUUCUGGCGAUCGUGGCAUUGGCUGUCACCUAUGAAUCUGUUAUACUAUCGUUUGUCUUGCCUGCCGCCGUGCUGCUCACCAUAAACGCCGACAUUGGACCAUCAACACAACUCAAUUGGGCCCCGACAGCCUGGACGUUGGCUCAAGGAGUUGUCAUGACCAUCGCAGGCUCUCUGAGUGACAUAUGCGGGCGGAGGAAUUUCACGCUUGCCGGAAACACAAUGGGCUUGAUAGGUACUACGCUUGAAAGCUUCAUCAAUGCUCGGUCCGCUGCUGACUCUAGACAGGCUGCAUUGUUGGAUCGAGGUCUGUCUAUCGUGAACCUUAAGUCCAUACAACGCUCACAAAUCAACAGAGCUCGUUCUAUUAACACAGUCAUUAUUGGAUUGGCUUUCACCGGAUUUGGUUCAGGUUCUCAACUACUGUCCCUUCCAUGCGCGAAUGAGAUUGUUCCCAAGAAGUCUCGAGGCAAAGCUAUCGCUGCUCUCAACAUGGCUUCGAUGCCAGGGUCGUGUUUUGGAUCGCUGAUCGCUUACCGACUGGUGGCAACGCUCAAUUGGCGAUGGACAUUCUAUGUUGGGAUCAUUGCCAAUGGGCUCGCCCUGGUUCUCGUUGCCAUCUUCUACUGGCCUCCUGACUUUAUCGGUCUUCACCCAGAAGGCAAGAGCCGACGACAACAGUUCCAGGAACUUGAUUUUGCUGGACUCCUGCUAUUCGGCGGUGGCCUUACGAUCUUUCUACUCGGCAUCUCAUGGGGUAAUAAUCCUUACGCUUGGACAAGUGUUCAUGUGUUAGUACCUCUCUUUUUGGGAAUUUCAACCUUCCUUGUUGCGUUCCCAGUAUGGGAAUUAUAUGGACCUCGCAGCAUAUCCAAACUAUGUCCGCCGGAGAUAUUUACCAAUUUCAGAACAUUUAUACUGCCUCUAAUCGUGUCCUUUGUGUCUGGCUCUCUGUUGGUUACUUUUCAAGUUUUCUGGCCUCAACAAGUUCAACUUCUGUUCACCACAAAGCCGCAGCAAAUUGGAUGGUACAGCGUGGCAUACAAUACUCCAGUUACAGUUAUAGGAGCACUCGCGGCGUUUUCGUUCACGACUUUUGGUUACACCAGAAUCCAAUUCUCCAGCGUGACUUUCUUCCAAGCCAUAUCGACGGCCGCCAUGGCUUCAGUCACCCAGCACACACCUACUCGAGCCAUCGUUUUGGUGGUGUUCGCUGCAGGGUUUGUCGGAGCCACGCAUAUGUUAAAGAUUCUUAUGCUACAGUUUGGUGCUUCAGAUAAGCAUAUUGGAUUAGCAACUGGGCUUAUGGGUUCAACUACAGCUAUCGGUGGCGCCAUCGCUCUGGCCAUCUAUAGCUCUAUCAUUCGGGACACGACGGCAAGCGAUUUGGCGCCCUCAGUGGCAGCAGCAGUAACUAAAGCAGGACUGCCUCUUGCGGAGGUACAAAAUUUCCUUCCUGCGUUUCUCAGCCACAACAGUACGGCUCUCGAAGCAGUUACCGGCGUCACUCCCAUUAUCCUCGCAGCAGCAGACGAAGCUAGUAAGGAUGUAUAUUCUCAAGCUUUCAAGCUUGUGUACCUGGUCACCAUAGCGUUUGGCGGUGAGUCAACCCGAUUGUCUGCGAUCUAG